AUGGUUGGCAACGUGACCACUUCAACACUCCAGGACCACGCGGGGGAACCGCCCACCCAAGAAUAUUGGGAUAAAAUAAAACCAGAUGUCUUUCGAAUCUAUAUUGAAGGAGACAAGUCUGGGAACAUUAAACCCGCGAAUCUAGAAGACACGAUGGCCGAGAUCCAGAGAUCACACGGACUCCAAGGAUGCGUCAGAACUUGGAAGGACAAGAUCAAAGAAUGGGGCUUCUCCAAGAAUAUAUCAACUCGCAACAAGCAAUGGAUUGCUGCCAAAGGGACGAAGCGUAAACAAGAAGGCAAAGACACAGCUUUCUUCCAAGGAGGUGUUCGAAUUGCUCCUACAAAGAUUCAAGAUUGUAAGAGAAGAAAGACUAGGACAAUGUCUUUCCCUCUGAGUGCCCCGUCAACUACCUCACACGCCUGCUGGAUUCAUUCCCCUGAUUCUGAACGGCAGAGUCUGACAACUUCUAUGGCCGAUAUGCAGCAAUUACCAUCCAUCUCCGGCAUCGACCUCUGGAUGGCCGAUAAAAAUCAGCCAUGGUCCCAGUACGCUUUACGUCGCCAGACCGGUGACAAUGUCGAGCGUGUACUUGCCGAAUUUGAACUCUUACCCAAGCAACUUGAAGACGCUGGACUAACCGAACACAAGAACAAGUUCGAGGAAGGCCAAGCGUCCGAAUAUCUUUCUAACAGACAAGAUUCCCCGCUCGAACUCCGCUGUAUUAGCGAUCGAUUCUUGGCCGAGUCUCAUUCGACGAUUGUGAACGAGCAAUGGGAAGAAACUGUCGAGGAAUCCUCCUUGGAGUGUGUUAGUGACCUUGCGGUGAAGCUGGCCAGCUCUCACAUAGAACACGAUGAAUCCGCCCCACAAACGUUGAAGAAAGAAUUCGAGCUUGCCGAAGCGCUUGAAAGAAUGGGCCAGUACGAGAAAGCAGAGUAUCAUUGCCGCCGAAUCCUUGAUAUACAUUCCCAGAUCGUCGUUGAAGCAUUUCUGGGGAAAAUUUUGGCAAAGACUCAUCGCUUUGAAGAAGCAACAUUCUUGCUGUUUCAUGCUCUUGCUGCCUUUAUCAUCCUAUUCAUUCAAAAUUCUCUCGAUGAAAACGCUCGGCUUUUCGCACGAAUCGAAGCCGUUAUGAUUGAAUUGCUUCUUCAGAGCGACGAAGGCGCCCCUUCUUUGACAGACCACUGGGGCCUCAUGAGGGACACGCUCCAGAAACCAACUUCUGAUGGAGAAAUCUACCAAAUCUGUCCUCAGCUUUUUCUCCACGGCUUUUCUUUCGCGCAUGAAUGCUUGGCUCUUGGAUUAGUGGAUUCUAAUCAAUGUUCAUCACGCGAUCGAAAAGGCAACAGCUCACCGGGGAUAUGCACGUCUUUUGAGAAAGGAAAAGAAAUGGAUAUCUAG